AUGACCAGCGAGAUCAUUAUCUAUCACGAUCUGCCAUUUCGAUAUGUGGAGUAUGAAAAGGUCAGAGCAAGAAACUUAUACCUUAAUCCAGAUUGUAAACCUAUUUGUCGACAGACAGCUGCAUCUGAUGUCUAUAAGAAAUAUCUGGUAGAAAAGGAGAAGCUAAAGGAAGUGUUUGCUAAUCAUCAUGGCCGGGUCUGCUUUACUUCUGAUUUGUGGCUAUCUCGUGCCACAAUGACAGGAUAUAUUUGCUUAACAGCCUCCUUCAUUGAUGCUAGCUGGAUACUGCACAGUAGGAUAUUAGCUUUCUUGGACAUGAAUUGUGCACAUACUGGUGAAGAGCUUGCUCGUGUGGUUCUUGAGUGUUUGAGAGAUUGGGGCUUGGAGAAAAAGGUUUUCUCCAUUACCUUGGAUAAUGCUUCGAACAAUGAUAGUAUGCAAAGAAACCUAAAUGGACAGCUUCAGAUGAUUGGUGGAAGUGGUUUGGUAUGUGAUGGUAAGUUCUUUCAUGUGAGAUGUUGUGCACAUAUCUUGAAUUUGAUAGUGAAAGAAGGCUUGUUGUUAGCAAAUGAUUUGUUAAAUGACAUUAGGGAAAGUGUUAGAUAUGUUAAGGCAUCUCCACAAAGAAGAAACGCUUUUUCAGCUUGUGCAGAGAGAGAAAAGGUCAAACCUGGUGCAGGAUUGUCUCUUGAUAUAAAGACCAGAUGGAAUUCCACAUACGAUAUGCUUGUGAGAGCUUUGAGGUAUAGGAAAGCAUUUGAGAGCAUGGAGACUUUUGACCCUCACUACAAGACACUCCCUUCACAAGCUGAGUGGGACGUGGGGAUAAAAUCUCCAAGCUGUUAA